GAAAGGACACAAAUCACUCCCGUUUGAACAAGGGGAGCAGCGAGGGAUCUGCCUCCACAAGGGUCCACCACCUCUCCUGGUUGAUUUCAAAUCGCUCAUUCAUGUGAUUUGAUCAGAGAAUACUCUUUGUGGAGACAAGACAGGAAAGGGAAGGAGGAGAAAAUAAAGAAAAAGUGUCUGUGGAUGAUGACAUUUGAUCUUAGCCUCAAUGAAGCCCGUUCUUGAUCCUAUUGUUUCUUAAAGUGUCAUUAGACUUUUUUUGUUGUUGUUGCCAAGGUGCGCACGGUAGACCACACGGACCUCCAGUCUAAUCUCACGCGCCCCUCUCCGCCUAACAGUUUUUUGAUUGUUUGUUUGUUCUUGUACAGUGUUUCCCAAACCUGGAUGUUGACAGCUCGCGUUUCUUUUGGCACGCCUCUCUAUUUUCUGUUUCAGAGAAGAAGCGCUAAUAGAGACAAACACGGUGACACCUGCUCGCCCAUAGACUUCUCGUUAGCUCUUUUUUUACGGAGCGAUCAAAAGAAGCGAGCACCGCCUGAGACGGUGACAGGAAAAGACUGUUUUCAUGUUCGGGAUUCAAGACAGCAUUCAAAGGAGCGGGAGUAGUAUGAAAGAGGAGCCCAUCGGUGCCGGGAUGAACGCUGUCCGGACAUGGAUGCAGGGUGCCGGAGUGUUGGAUGCGAACACAGCCGCUCAGAGUGGAGUGGGUCUUGCUCGGGCACACUUUGAGAAGCAGCCUCCCUCAAAUCUUCGCAAAUCCAACUUCUUCCAUUUCGUUUUAGCCCUAUACGAUAGACAAGGACAACCCGUGGAAAUCGAAAGAACGACUUUUGUUGGAUUUGUUGAAAAGGAAAAGGAAUCUACCGGGGAAAAGACAAACAAUGGGAUCCAUUACAGAUUGCAGCUUCUUUACAGCAACGGCAUCAGAACAGAACAGGACUUUUAUGUACGCCUGAUUGACUCCAUGACCAAGCAGGCAAUUAUCUACGAAGGUCAAGACAAAAACCCAGAGAUGUGCCGGGUUCUGCUGACACACGAGAUCAUGUGCAGCCGCUGCUGUGACAAGAAAAGUUGUGGCAACCGUAACGAGACGCCCUCUGACCCAGUCAUCAUCGACAGGUUUUUCCUGAAAUUCUUCCUCAAAUGCAACCAGAACUGCCUAAAGAAUGCAGGAAACCCACGAGACAUGCGUCGCUUUCAGGUGGUGGUGUCUACGACGGUCAGCGUGGAUGGCCACGUGCUGGCUGUGUCUGAUAACAUGUUUGUACACAAUAACUCUAAACAUGGACGCAGAGCUCGCAGACUGGACCCCUCUGAGGGCACUACAUCAUACUUGGAACACGCCACUCCUUGCAUUAAAGCCAUCAGUCCCAGUGAAGGCUGGACGACAGGGGGUGCCACAGUCAUCAUCAUUGGAGAUAACUUCUUUGACGGUCUACAGGUCAUCUUUGGCACCAUGCUGGUCUGGAGUGAGCUCAUAACCCCUCACGCCAUACGAGUUCAGACUCCUCCCAGACACAUUCCCGGGGUUGUGGAGGUCACUCUGUCCUACAAGUCAAAACAGUUCUGCAAAGGUACACCGGGCAGAUUUAUCUACACAGCACUGAAUGAGCCCACUAUUGACUACGGUUUUCAGAGGCUACAGAAAGUCAUCCCGAGACACCCCGGUGACCCUGAGCGCUUACCAAAGGAGGUGAUUUUGAAGAGGGCAGCAGACCUGGUGGAAGCUCUAUAUGGGAUGCCACACAAUAAUCAGGAGAUAAUUCUGAAAAGAGCAGCAGAUAUCGCAGAGGCGCUCUACAAUGUCCCAAGGAGUCACAACCAGUUGCCAGGUCUGGCCAACAGCUCAGUCCACGCUGGCAUGAUGGGAGUCAACUCAUUCCACAGCCAGCUCGCAGUCAAUGUUUCAGAGUCCACACAAGCAGCCAAUCAGGGUUUCAGUCGGAACACGAGCAGCGUAUCCCCUCACGGUUACGUACCCAGCUCAACACCCCAGCAAAAUAGCUACAGUACCGUCUCUACCAGUAUGAAUGGAUAUGGCAACACAGGCAUGACCACACUGGGAGGAUCACCCAACUUCCUCAACGGCUCAGCUGCCAACUCUCCUUAUGCCAUUGUUCCUUCAAGUCCCACCAUGGCCUCCUCCACCAGUCUUCCCUCCAACUGCAGCAGCUCCUCAGGCAUCUUCUCUUUUUCUCCAGCCAACAUGGUGUCUGCAGUUAAACAGAAGAGCGCCUUUGCUCCUGUUGUGCGGCCCCAGACAUCGCCGCCCCCAACCUGCACCAGUGCCAAUGGCAAUGGCCUCCAAGUAGAUCAAUCUUUUGUGGACUCUAGCAAGUACUCCACCACCAGCUCCCUGCAGGGACUGGCCUUCUCCUGAAUGAUCCCAGGGAUGAUUGUUCCUCCUAUGUAGGGGCUCCCGGGCUGCUGAAGAGGCACAUGUGAUUUCAGCUCUUGUUGGAGAAUUUAAGGUCUGAAGAGCUGAAGGCAAUUUUGGGUUGAGGAGUAACGAAAACUGAACUUUUAAAACUCAGGCCUUUUGAAAAAGGAAUCUCAUUUUAUGGGAAGAGAGUGUUUGUUUGCUUUUGUUUUUAAGUUAAUUUCUGGACUGCUCUACGGAAAGACAUUUCCCCAUGUUUUUACCUUUGCAAAAGGGAUGGAUGGAUCUCCUUUUGAUUUUUUUCAUGGGCUUUUUUGAUUAAUUCAGUGAUCACAUGCCUUUUUUACAGACUGUAUCAUAUACAUAUGACACUUUUAGGAGUGGGUGCACCCAUAAUGUUUCUGAGAGCUGGCUGUUGCAUAACAGUGACAGGUAGUGGCACAGAUCUCUCUUAAUACUGACCAGUUUUAUAGAAACAGAUACAUUUCAAAUUGUGCAAAAUCCAAGUUACACAAAUAAAAAGACUUAGGCCAACCACUUGAACAUAGAAAACAAGAGAGGGAAAUUUUUGUCCCAGUGAAAGCCAACAAAUAUUUUGCCAUAAUUUUUUUGUUUUGUUGUUGUCUUGUUUCAAAAUUAAAUUGUAGCACCAUACUCAGUUCCCUAUCAUAUUGUUUUUUAAGUGAACAGUUAAAUUCAAAGCAUCUGGGUGCCAGCUGGUGUGGAUGGUUAUGAUGUAGGAAAGCUAUUUAAGAGUUUUAAAAAUGCUGUCAUGUCAUGCUAAAUUCUUUCAGUGGGCUGUUCACUCAUGUCCAGAUUCUUCCUCAAAGAAAAGAAUCCUAUUGAAACAGGCAUCCAAUUUCCAAAACAAAUCAGUAUUUAUGUUUAUUAAAAUAUGUGCUGCUAAAUAGAGCAAAUCUAUGCAGUAACCAUACAAUUGAAGGAAAAAAUAAAAAAGCACCCUUAGUUGCUAUGCCAUUUCGUUUUCUUUUAAAAACAUUUUGAAUUGUAUGUGUGCUCCAAUAAUGUGAUUAAAUCUUUGUUUUUGCUUUGUUUAUGAAAAAUGAAACUGUGAGAUAAAUUUUUAAGUGUUUGGUUUGCUGUGUCUGCUAGUGAAGGAUAUAGGUUAAAUGAAGUAUAAGAAGAAUGCUAUUUCAGAGCUGACUGUUAAAACAACCCUUUUCCUUUUUUAUGUGUGUUUCUUUGGCUGGUUUUGAGAGACAUGACUUGAAUUAGCAAAGUAUGCCCAUGUUUAGACCACACUGUAUAGAAUGCUUUCCAAAUGUAAAUGUGUCCAACACCCAACAUAAAGCAGUUUGAUUAGUUCAUGUUGGUAGUCAUCUAUUUUUGUACACAUGAUUUCUGUUGCCAAGUCUUUGUUUUAUUUGUAUUUAUCUCAAAAUGGCUUGAGGAAGAUUAUUAUAACACUGAUGAUUGGCUCAAUGCAUAGGCGACACAAAUUCUCACCAACUUCAGCAAACAAAAAGCAACAGCGAGGAAGGAUACUGGACAAAAAGAGGGGAAUCUCUGUAAAAUAUCCAUAUAAAUAAUAUAUGUAUAUCCAGACUUUGUAUAUUGCUUUUCUCCCCAAAGUUUCUUUGACUGUGUAAGGUUUUUGUUGUAGUUGUUGUUGUUGUUGUGUGUGUGUCUUGUCCAUCUGUUCACUCUCAUCACCCAGCCUGGUCUUGAAAUGUAAUUUCUCAUCAUGUAUGUUUGCAUUUAGGUCCAUGUUUUUAAUCAUGUUGCUAAGCUUCCAUUUUUUUUAUUUUUUUUAUUCUGUUCGUAAAAAAAAUACAUUGUCUAGUUUUGUAUAAUUUGUAAGUUAAAAAGCAAUUGUUUUCCUUUUGGAAUUUUUUAAUGUAUGGCAACAAAGUAGCAUCUCACAGCAUUUAGUUAUGUAGAUUUUUUAAAUACACACACAUAUAUAUAUAUAAAAAAUAUAUAUAUAUAUAUAUAUAUGAUGAAUAUAUAAAUCUAUAUCUUUUUUUCUUUGAUGCUUACAGAACCUGUUCUAUUGUAAUAAUAUGCAUGGGCUCUUUUCUGAGAGUGAUGGUUUUAUUUUGUGUGUCAAAACUAGAAGGGCGUUUUUGAUGACGUUUUGAAAUACUUUCUUUCUUCUUUUCCUCCUUUUAUUUAUCUAAUUAUUUAUGCCUGCUUAUAGAUCUGUCUAUUCCAUUCUUCUUUUCACUCAUAUCAGUACCAGCAGUAUAGAUGCCUUAACAAUGCAAACCCAUAGCCACCACCACAGUACAGUAGCCACAGAUUUCCUUAAAGGAUGGCUUUCUGAACAGGGGGGGAAAAAGCACAAACUGGCUGUUUUACCUAAAAUCUCUUUUCAAAACCCAGCUUAUCAUAGCAAGGAGGAUUACAUGCAUUAUUUGUCCUUUUUCAGUUGUUUGUGUUAUGAAGUAUAAAGAGAAGGAACUUAGUUUGAAGGAAUAUAAAGAGAAACUAUAUGAUUGAUAUUUUUAUGUAUGUUGCAGCAGUGUUGCAAGGGGGAUAGGUUGCACUUUCUCAUUCAUUUAAAGCAAAAGGCUGCCUUUUCAAUUUGUUUGUGUUGUAGUAAUGUCUGCUGCGUUCGAGAGAGGGGGAAAAGCUAAAAGCCAUAUUUUACAGUGUCACUAUUAGCUCUUAGUGUCUGUGACAUUUUGAUGGUAGAACACUUCAGCUGGAGGGGCAUGUAAACCUGCGUGUUUUGGUGUUGUGGUAUGUUCUUCAUGCUACUGUACUUGGUAAGGUACUGUUGACGUAUUUCUCACCCUGAGCAAAGUGACUAAAUAUCAGAGCACAAUGCCUUUCCCCCAGAGCUGAGGUGCUGACACCAGUCUUUAAGAAGUAUAGGUCUCUACAGAACAGUAAUGGGUGUUUUUAAAUCUGUGGGCAUUUUCAAACCGGGAUGGGCGUUUCUAAACUAACCAAUGAAAGUAGGGAAUCUCAGUGUAGAAAUCAGUGGCCGUUUCCAAACCAGGAUGGGCGUUUCUAAUCUAACCAAUGAAAGUAGGGAAUCUCAAUGGUUUAAAAACGGCCACUGAUUGGGAAAAGGCCAUUUUUGUUCUGCAGAGAUAUAAGUCUCGUAUUUAACGCUGACUGUGUUUCACGAUUUUCAUACUGUCUGCCAAAUCGGCCCUUGCAACAAUAUUGCAGACAAAACUCUAAACGAUCAAGCUUCAGGGCUCUUUUAUGAAUGGUUUAACUGGUGUCUUUUGUAGUGUGUGUCUGCAAUCUGCCAUCUAACAAAGAAUAUUGCUUUAAUGUGUGUGAGGACAGAAGUGACUGAUGACAAAGGCCUGUUUUGAAGGGGAUCUGGAUGUUACUUCUCAUAUGAAUUACAAAUAUGUGGCUGUUACACAAUGAUUUCUUUGUUAGUGGCUCCAUUGUAACAAUUAAGAUGGCCCGCUGAUAAAGCAACAUGCAUUUGAUAUGAAACGAGACUCAAACCAAAAAGCUGGUCUCCUUUUCUCCUGCCUCCUAUUCCUGUGUUUGUUUGUUUGUUUAUUUGUUUUUCAUUUUUGAUUGGAUACACACUGAACCGUUCUGUCGAUAGGAAAACUCAAGACAAAAACUACUGUAUAGAUUGUUAUCAUUUUUGAUGAAAGCUGUAAAAUAACUUUUCAAAGUUCACAAUAUUAAAUUAAAGUUCUUCUUGU